UUGUGCAUCUGUUUUGUGCAUAUGAGUUGUGGUUUUGGGUUGGUUUGUCAAUUAUUUUGGUAUUGUUUAAAAUACACUACUACCAUGCCAUGGAAUUGUGGUUCUGAGUUGUGGUUCCGGUGCAUAAUAGUAGCUUUGGUAAUGAAAUUUGUACAAAAGUUAUUUAGUAGGAAAGUAGGAUUUCACAAACAUUUACCUGAUCAUGCAGCAGGUUAACCAAUCAAUCCACUUGGUGUUCUAAUAAAAAAUAGAAGUAUGAAUCUGUCAAGAUUGGAAAACCUUUUGUGCUAUUUUCACCUAAUUAUACUCGACCUUUCCACUUGCUGUGCCACCUCAUUUUCACAUGUGACCUGUGUCAAGCUACCAACUCCCUUAGUUUAUCCUAAUUUUUUUUUACAGCAUAAGGUUCUUACAGGUUUGUUAAUGAUGGUCUGUUCUUAUUCUGUCUCAUGAGAUGUGAUUGUUAUGAUGUUUUUAUUUAUUUUUAAUAAAUAAGUCACUGUUAUAAUGUAUCCUUAGUUUAUAACAGUUUUUUUAUAAACAUCACUGUUAUGAUGUUUAAGAGCAUGAGAAUAUUGCUCCAACUCUGAGUGCAUCAGAUUUGUUUUAUUUUUGUUUUUGUAAAACUACCCAUUUCAUGUGUUGAGUGUGUAUUAAGGCUACACACUCUGCUCAACUGCAUGCUACCCAAUAGUUCAGUUGAGAUCAAGAAUGUGAGUGAGAUUGAACCAUCCUUGAAGAGACAACUUCUUAUAUCAACUGUCUUGAUGACUGUUGGUAUUGCCGUGGUCAAUUUCUUUGCUUUGCCAUCGGAAUUUACUCUUUAUGAUUUUGGGGCUGAGAAGGCUGUAAAGAAUUGGCACAUUUUCUUCUGUGUUGCCAUUGGCUUGUGGGCUGGACUUGCUAUUGGGUACACUACAGUAUAUUAUACCAGCAAUGCUUACAGUCCGGUGCGGGAUGUAGAAUUGCAGAAAUGGCUGGUAUGA